AUGGCCCCUCAAGAAGAUGAUAUGCUGCCGGAGAACACGGCCGGCUACAAGCUCUCCCAACCCAAGCAGACCUUGGCUGAAUACCAGAAAAUGGGUAAGUUACAGAACCAAACCUUGCUACAAAUUUCUUUCUCUCUGUCCAUCUCUGUCUUUUUAAGGAUCAGCUUCAUUGAGCCCGACAUGGUGGCUUUCAGGGCCAAUGCCGCGUCACAGGGUGGCACCCGGUCCGCCGGGCCGCCCCGCUGCCGCUCACCCUACCCAUUCAACGUCCCCAAGGACGAUGGGGACGAGGAAGAAGAUUCGAAUGGCACUAACAGCGGUUGCGUGUCAGAUGAGGGCGACGAGUCCCUCCAGCGCUACAAGGAGUCGCUCGGCCUGGCUGCCGACGACCUUUCGGACCCCAAUGACCCGCGUGUGUGCAUCAUCCAGUCGCUCACCAUGGAUUCCCCUGGCCGAGCCCCCGUCGUCAUUGACCUCUCUGCCCCGGGCAGUGUUGAGACCCUCAAGAAGCAUCCGUUCAAGAUCAAGGAAGGUGCCAGCUUCACCAUGACCGCCCAGUUCAAGGUCCAGCACGAGAUUCUCAGCGGUCUGCACUACGUCCAGGCCGUCAAGCGCAAGGGCAUCCGUGUUGGCAAGUCUAGCGAAAUGAUUGGCAGUUAUGCUCCCAACACCGCCAAACAACCCAUCUACAGCAAGAAAUUCCAAGAGGAGACCGCCCCCUCAGGCUGGGCCGCCCGUGGAAGCUACACCGCCAGCUCUAGCUUUGUCGACGACGACAAGAAGACCCAUUUGGAGUUCGACUGGGCCUUUGAGAUCGACAAGGACUGGUGA